UCCCUUCCACUCUCUCGCUCUUUCCCUCGUUCAUUCUUUUCUCUCGCCAGGAUGUGGAAUCGCGCUUCCUGGAGUUUGCAGCUCGCUGUUGCUUCCCUUAAGCCCCCCACCCUUUCCAUGCCAGCUCCCUGCGAAGGGGACACCAUUGCCCUGUAAAUCGGCCACCAGCACCCAAGCGCUAAGCAGCAGCAGCAGGUGCUCUUAUGAGUGUCACCCAAGAAGACUGGAGGAAUUUCUAGAAAGAGAGAACUUUUGUGCGUCGACAUGCAGGAGAGCUACGAAACUGUGAUUUCGCUGGCAGAAGAAAUUGCCAUCAGCUGGCCCCGAAUAACUGCUUUUACAGAGACCCGGGGACGGCGAGGUUUAGCUUCUGGGUUAGAAAUGGAACCUGAACAAGGGCAGUUAGCGCCUCUGCCAGGUCAAGCAGCAGCAACGACUGCUGGCUCAAGUGAGGAAGAGAUCCUGCCAGACUUCCGUAGACAGCUGGGGGUGAUCCUGCAGACGGUGGGCAAGGCUCAGGUGGAGAAGAUGCUGAGGGAACUGGUAAAGGAGCAAGAGCAACAAGGAAGAGUGAGGAGGCGUAAAAGAGUGACCAGAAGCCCCCGACUUGGAGCUGCUGAUGGCACAGGUGGGGUGAACUCACAGGAGCUUCAGGCUGAACUAGUAGAAGGACCUACCAUCACAUCUUGGAAGCCACCAGCAAAUGAGCUGCAAGUGCCUCUCUUGUGUCCAGGAUUGGUGGCAGGGCAGAAGCAAUCAAUUUCAGGGAAAAUGGUUCACAGGGAUGCUAGUGGGUGUAAGAACAGCAUUGCCCAUCAGCAGAGUCUUCUGGGAACAAGAUGGGGAGCAGGCAUUCAGCCAAGGGAGAGCAUUGGCUGUAAUCCCCUCCACAGCAUCAGCCGGGACUCCCAGGAAAGUGGGAGAGUUUGGCCACCCUUUGGUGAAAGAAGCCAGUUCUUCUCUGGUUGGCAGAAACCACGCUGUACACAGAGACGCCGGCGGCAACCUGCAGGAGAGAAACCCCACCGCUGUGGGCCAUGCAGAAGAACCAUCAUGAUCCCCCCAGUUAGCUCUAGCUCUCCAAAUUCUGCUUUGGCUUCUUCCCUGGAUUCUGCCUCAACUUCUUCUCUUGUUUUGCCUCUGAAUUCCAUAGGACUACUAGAUACUCAAACCCUUCCAGAGAACACAAUUUUGACUCAGUCCCGAAAGCCCCAUGCUUGUGAAGAGUGUGGCAAGCGAUUUCGAAUCCUUGCCAACCUAGAACGGCAUCAGCAGCGCCAUGUAGCAGAAAAACCUCAUCAGUGUCAUGAUUGCGGACGACGUUUCCGUUGGGGCUGCCACCUGGAGCGCCACCGGAGGUCACGCCGCUGUGCGGAGUGUGGUGGGGGCCUUGCAACGCCUCCUCCCCCUCCCUCCCCACCCCCAGAACCUGACCGGCCCUAUUCUUGUGGGGAGUGCGGGAGGCGGUUCACCCAGCGUUCAGCCCUUAGCAAGCACCGGAGGCUGCACUCAGGGGAGCGCCCUUACGGCUGUGGAGAGUGUGGCAAACGCUUCCUGCAGCGCUCGGAUCUCACUAUUCAUGUUCGCUCCCAUUCUGGGGAGCAGCCUUAUGUGUGCACGGAGUGUGGCCGCCGCUUCAGCGUCAGCUCCAACCUCAGCAAGCACCGACGCAUGCACCGUGGGGAGCGCCCACAUGCCUGCUCCGUUUGUGCCAAGCGCUUUCUGCAGCGCUCCGAGCUACUCAUCCAUCAACGGGCCCACACUGGCGAGCGUCCCUAUCCCUGCACGGCCUGUGGAAAGCGCUUUGCUCGCCGGGCUCAUCUGAAACGCCACCAGCGUACCCAUGGCAGUGUACCUCCUGCUGCCGCCACCUCUCGUCACCAGAAUGCCCGUUUCCUGGCCAACUCUGCUACAGACACCAUAGCCCUUCUUGAACAUCAACAGCAUGAACCCAGGGGAGUGGCUGAUGCUCUACAGUCGCGUACCCACACUAACACACUCACUUCAGGGCCAUGUCCACCAGCAGGUGUCUUCUCAGCAGCCCGAGGACCUGGGGGUGCUGCAACACUGGGUCUGCCCUGGACUGUGUCCUCGCCUGCCCGCCUCCCUUUCUGCUCCAGUUCUCUCUGAUCACUUGGUAGAUUAGCUGCAGUCCUACCUUUCAUCAUUACCAUGGGCAUCCCAACUGAAUUUCUGUUUCAGGGAUGGGAUCCUGUUCUGAUCAGAUAGUGUGAGGGGAAUAGACCAGGUUUUGACAGAGCAUGGGAGUGGGUUUUGGGACAUGGAUUUGGCUGAUUUAUGAAGCAUGUUAUUUUUUCUUCCACUUCAUGCUAGGCUCUGCAUACACUUGCUAUUUAUGGAUGAGGUGAGGAGCAGAAGUUGAGGUCUAUGAGUACCAAUCAGUGUGACUGAGAAAGGUACAUUAUCUAAAGUUUGACAGAGAGAGUGUGGGUAGCCUGCCUUUGCAGAUGGGAAGGGGAAAGCACCCAUGCAAGUACUGUACAGUUUUCAAACCACAAUUGUGAAUACAAGGGAAUGUGUUUUUGAGACACGCACACAAUGUUUUCUCUUAUCUAACACAUGGUCACUUCUCUCCCUCCCCUUCUACACUUGUUAGCUUUUUAAAUAACCCAAACACUUUCCCCCUUGGUCUUAUUGGCUGUUAACAUCCCCUUGACUGCCCUGGUUACUUUUUGUGGGAAGAGAAGCUCAGAGUAGGCUUUCCCCAAGCACUUAGUACUCACUCCUGGAGAGAAAAUGGCACACUUGCUCCUGUUGCUGAUCCUCUGUCCUAUCAUGAACAUACUGGGUGUUACAUUUAUUGGGAAUGGGUAGGUUUUGUGUGUGUCCCUCAAGCAAGUUUAUCACCAGCCCAAGGUCUCGUAUCCAAGUUGUGUGGGAGACAUAAACUGAAGAAAGGAAUGAUGGCUGUUUGAUUUUGUGAGCAGUUUGGAAACAGCAUGGUGCAGUGAGCUGCUUCAAGAUUGAAAUGUUGCAGCUUGCUGAAUUUGGAACACGAUGGUCAGUGCCUUCAUUAAAGGGGCAAUGGGGCAUCUUUUACCACCAGCUCCUGAAAAGAGCAAGAGAGUGAAGGAGAAGCCGGAGGUGCCUGCCUUGGCAGGAACUGAAAACUGGAACUUAAAAGGUGGGAAGGUGUCUGGUUUCUGCCUCAUCUCUUGGUAACCAGCUGUGAGAAUGAAUCUGACUUGCUAGUCUCAAGGGCUGUUCCUAACUGUAUGGUUGUUUACCAGGCCAGUGUUAUUGUCCCACUUACUUGUACAUUCCUGGUACCUUUUGGACUGGUGUUCUAUCAUUAGAGGGUGAGAUCUGAGGGAUGGACCAUCAAAGCCUGUGGUUCAGCCCAGGUUCUAGAGUAGAGGGGAAGGGUCAUAUUUGAUUUAGAAAUUAAUACAGUAGAACUUUGUUUUAUCAAA